UCUCUCGGGAGCAUCAAAUCAUUGUCCCACGUGGUUAAGGUUGGCGCAGGUGACACAGCUGUGAACUCAGAAGGUAGCCAACACAACCCCCUCAAGUUUAAAACAAAACAAGUUUAAUAUAUCGCUACUGGGGGUGCGGCCGUCCGUCUGUCCGAUUUCUUUCAGUGAAGACAUCCCUGAUUACCGAGCUACUCCUAAUCCUCAUCUGUGGAAGAAGGUAGGCCAGUGAGAGAGGCAGACCUGUGAAGAGCAGCCCAGGAUGGUGCUGGACGCGGACGCCCACCUCAACGAUGAGGUGUUCCUUUCUCCGGCUCUCCAAAACAAACCUGCGUCUUCCUGGGGAGUGAAGGUCAAGGAGAGGCUGAAGAUUGUCACUCCCUACCUGGGCAAGUUCAGACCCACCGUAGGCCAGUGCUGCCAUCAGUGCACCCCAGACAGUCUGGGCAAGACACUAGGACAGAAGACUGCCUCUCUUGGUUUCCAGAAUGUCCUGGCUGUUGAUGAGACACAAAUCAGGUACCGCGGAUGGCUGGUCCGCAGAGUUUGCUGUGUCCUGUUUGUGUCUGGGUGCAGUGUCUCCCCGAGUCCAGCCGGAGAUAGGCUCGAUCGAGUCCGUCAGAGCAUCAGAGUGCAAGAGGCUCUCUGUGAGGAACACGCAGCCCCUCCAGGGCCGGGCCACCAGGGGGAGAGCAGCCGCCUACCCCCCUACCUCUCCUCCCUCAUCAACACCUGCAUCUCCCCCGGCUUUCUACGUUUUGGAUGCUGGCUGUGCCUGAAGACCCUUGGAUCGGUGUUCAGCAGCAUCCAGGUCAACCUCAACCAUGUGGCCGCGCUCCACCGGGCGUCACAACAGGGCCCCCCGUUGGUGUACGUGUUUAUGCGUCAGAGCAGCCUUGACUUCGUCCUGAUUCCCCUGCUGCUCUUCACUCAAAACCUUAGAGUCCCUUACACCUUCUGUCCCCAGCAGAUGAACUGCUCCUGGCUCCGGUCAAUCCUACAGAAAGUGGGCGUGGUCUUCCUACCUCCUAAUGUGCCGACUGAAGACGAUGCUGAGUUGGACGAUUUGUACUCUCCAACCAUGACAGCUCUUCUGCGUGAGCUGCUCUGCGAGGGCCAGGCAUUAAGUGUCAGCGUGUGCAGGGAGACCGGACGCGGUGGCCAGUGGCUGGCGCGCAUCAGGCAGAUCAUCAAAGAGGGAGUGGUGCCUGAUGUCAGCCUGGUCCCCGUGGGCAUCUCCUACGACAGCAUCCCAAACACAGGCACCCCGGUUGGCCUUGGUUCUUUAUUCAGACGCCUUUGGGCUGCUGUCUGGUCCCAGCCGAGCAGCAGUUUGAGGGUUCACUUUGCCCAACCCUUCUCUCUCAAGGAGACGUGCGCCACAGGGAGAUGCCGGGUGGAUGGAUGGCGCCCUCUACAGGAACUGCUUCUGCCCGCUGUUCUCUACGGCAGGACGGAGGAGAUAGUGGGGCAAAGGAAGAUGUCCUGGAUCCUGCCGUCACAUUACACUCCUGAACUGGUCCAGUCCGAAAGGGACCUCAGCACAGCCCUCACCCUCCACCUCAUCUACUCUACGACCUCUUGUAUGGCUGUGAUGUCCACCAGUCUGGUAGCAACUCUUAUGCUGCAUAGACACCGCAAGGGAGUGCAUGCGUCUGCUCUGUGUCGUGAUGUUGCCUGGCUGACAGAGGAGCUUCUGUUCAGGAACAAAGACGUGGGCUUUGGGGGCAGCUUGCCAGAGGUGGUAUGCUACGCUCUAGCGCUGCUUGGCCCUCACCUCACCAUCAUCUCUACCGCCUCCAGGUUGAAAGAUAUCUUCGUUGUUCCAAGGCCCUCCGUGGACGCCAUCACCAGCCUUUCCAUCCCCACACAGAUUGUCACCCACUCCUUCAUAGCGGAAGCGGUCGGGGCGUGCGCAGUGUCGGCCAUGCUGAGCGAGGUGGCGUCCAGCGGCGUCAGCCACCGAGUCAGGAGUGGCGGGCAGCGCGGCGAGGAGGUCAGGGGCGACAUGGAGUUUGACGUGGCGCUCUGUGAGACGCAGCUGACUCAACGGAGCCUGCAGCUCUACCAUCUCUUGCCCCCGGGCUUCAUCCCGCCCUGCCAGUCAUCCCAAAGUUUUGCCCUGGAGGCGGUGGACAGUCUGGUGCGCUGUGGUCUCCUCGUCAUGGAGGAGAUAACAAGAGACACCCCCGUAUGUGAUAGCUGGAAGAGGCGCGUAGGUCAGUCCUGGCGCACCAUGGAUGAUCUGUACAACAGCGACUCUGACUGUGAGGAGCCUGAAGCCAGGUCUUACAAGCUGAGCCAGCCGUCUCAGUGUCCAAAGAUGCUCUUCUUCCUCUGCAGUAUGCUAGCUGGCCACCUAAGGGCGCUCUGUUGGGCCACUGAAGGGGUCCAAUACCUGACCACACCUAUGCCGGUGGCUCAAUGUGAAGCUGUGAUACACUUGCAUUUGUGCAGCAGGGCUAACCAGGACAAACAAUAUGAGAGCUGCACUGAGGAGGCGGCACGCAUAGCAGUACGAACCUUGACAGACCUCGGGGUGCUGGUGGAGGAGCCGCUGGGUAACGGGACCAACCUCGCCGUCAGUCCCCUCUUCCUGCUGCCAGACAACACACAGAAGCUGCAACGCUUUAUCACCCAGUACAUCUACAGCUGAGGGCCCAGCGCCAACCAUAAGGCUGGGCGUUAGCGCCAUCGUCCCCACGAGCAGAGGCCUGUUUUAUACUGUUGAAGGGUCGUUGUUUAUGAACGAUUUUGAAAGGUUGGCCAUUGAGUUUUGUUCAGCUUCAGUAAUAGUAUUUUUUUGUGCUGGGUGACAUGGAGAUGUUGUAGGAACGUUUGAGGUUUCAUUAACAUUGAUCUAUAAUUUGUAAAAAAAAAAAAAAAAAUUACGUUUCAAUUUGUGUUGUAUGUGUUUUUCAUGUGAUAUACGUAUUUAGUAAACGCUGCUUAACGUACAACAUUGUUUAUUUUGGCCUUUGAAGAGCUUGUGUUCUAUUUAUCUGUUAAGUUGUAUUUCUCAGAAUUUGUCAGCAUUAAAAUUCUAAUCGCAUA